AUGGCUUCAUACCUGGAGAUUACAGAUGAUGAGAAAGGCCAUGAACUCAGCCUUUUCUGUGUUCCCAAACAUUACGAGGAGGAUUUAGACAGAGUCAUAAUUCCUCAUGGACUCAUCAUGGAUAGGACUGAGCGGUUGGCCAGGGAUAUAAUGCGAGAUAUGGGCGGACAUCAUAUCGUUGCUCUCUGCGUCCUUAAAGGCGGUUAUAAAUUCUUUGCAGACCUCCUUGAUUACAUAAAGUUGCUGAAUCAGAACAGCGAUAAGUCUGUACCGUUAACGGUGGAUUUCAUUAGGCUAAAGAGCUAUUCGAAUGACCAGUCAACAAACAAGGUAAAGGUAAUUGGCGGUGAUGAACUGUCUGCACUUACUGGAAAAAACGUACUCAUAGUUGAGGACAUAGUGGAGACAGGGAGGACGAUGCAAACACUACUGUCUCUGCUCACUGAAUGUAACCCCAAAAUGGUCAAAGUGGCCAGCUUGCUGGUGAAAAGAACACCACGAAGCUCUGGAUACAAGCCUGACUAUAUUGGAUUUGAGGUCCCAGAUAAAUUCCUGGUGGGUUAUGCAUUAGACUACAAUGAAUAUUUCAGAGACCUCAGCCAUAUCUGUGUACUGAGUGAACAAGCAAAGGAGAAAUAUAAAGUAUGA